AUGGCAAACGAGACUUUAAAUGCAGAAAUCCUGCUCCUGGAGGGGUUAAAAGUCACUCCUCAGUCCUCCAUGCCUGCCUUCAUCCUCCUCCUCAUCAUCUACAUCAUCAUCAUGCUGUCUAAUAUCAGCCUGAUGGUCCUGAUCUCCAUGGAGAAGAGCCUCCACCAGCCCAUGUAUCUGCUCUUCUGCAACAUGAGCAUCAACGAUGUGUUUGGGGCCACGACCAUCAUUCCUCCUCUGCUGAGUGACAUCUUCACUCCGGUCUCAGAGCGUUACAUUCACUACGUCAGCUGUGUCAUCCAGGCUUUCUGCAGCCACAUGUUUGCUGGCGUGUGUCACACUGUGCUCAUGAUAAUGGCUUUUGACCGCUACGUGGCCAUCUGCAACCCACUGAAAUACUCCAUGAUCAUGACCAACAGGAUGGUGGUGAAGCUCUCAGUGUUAGCCUGGACAGUCGCUCUGGUCAUGGUGCUGAUCCUCGUGGGCCUGAGUGUCCGCCUGUUGCGCUGCAGGAAUGUCAUAGCCAACCCAUUCUGCGACAAUGCUUCAUUAUUCAAGCUGUCCUGUGAGAGCGUCCUUAUCAACAACAUCUACGGCCUUGGCUACACGGUGGUCUUGCUGGGCUCAUCCCUCGGUAGCAUUACGCUCACCUACCUGAGGAUUGCUGUGGUGUGUCUGAGCAACCGGAACAAUAAGGUGAACAGCCGUGCCCUGCAAACCUGUGCCACACACCUGGCCUUGUAUAUCAUCAUGUUUGUGUCGGGAAGCGUCAUGGUCAUCCUCCAUCGUUUCCCCGACUUAUCAGACUACAGGAAGCUAGCUUCCAUUUUGUUCCAUGUGGUUCCUCCUGCUAUGAACGUCUUUAUUUACGGACUCCAAAUCAAAGCGGUCAGACAAAGAAUUCUGGUCGUCUUUAUCAAGAAUACUAAAGCAGCUGUGAAGUGA